CACUCACGGCUGCUUCCAUCUAUCCAUGCAGUUCACUUCAUUGUACUGGCUCCUCUCAUCAAUUAGGCGAUAAUUAAGCCUUUUUAGAUGCGAUAAUUGUAUUUAAGCGCUUCGAAGAGGAAUAUAAACUGUGAACAGAGGCGCAGAUAAGUUUUGAGUACGAGGAGAGCGGAGAGAAACGAAACACAGAUGCUUCUACUUGUCUGUUGGGCUGUUUGCUCAGCAUGUAUGAGGAGGAGCUCCAUCAAGUAGUUGAUAAAUAAACAGCAAAAACCAUGCCCUCAGUGAUGGAGCGCUCGGGGUCCGGGGUCCUGUCCAGGAGCAGAGCCAAGACCGUCACCAAUGGCAACAGCCUACCACACUCUGAAGAGGAGAGCAGUGACGAAGAGCAUGCUCAUGACAGUAUGAUCCGAGUGGGAGGAGACUACCAGGCUCAGAUACCAGAGUUCAAACCAGACAGUCCAAACCGCUUCAAUGAGAAGGACCAUAGGAGCAUGUUGGUCUGGUGUCCCAGUGUCAUGCUGUCUGAUGCAAUGUUGGACGAGUACAUCCUAAUGGCUAAAGAGAAACAUGGAUACAACAUGGAGCAGGCUCUAGGCAUGUUGCUAUGGCACAAACACGAUGUGGAGCGCUCGCUUGCGGACCUGGCCAACUUCACCCCGUUCCCCGAUGAGUGGACAGUGGAGGACAAAGUUCUGUUUGAGCAGGCCUUCAGCUUCCACGGCAAGAGCUUCCACCGCAUCCAGCAGAUGCUUCCAGACAAGCUGAUCUCCAGCCUGGUGAAAUACUACUACAGCUGGAAGAAGACCAGGACCAGGACCUCCGUCAUGGACCGAGCGGCCAGGAGGCUGGUCACCAAGAGAGAGAAAGAAGACAGUAACGAUGAGGUUGAGGAGGCAGAGCCCGGCAGUGACAGUGACUUUGAGAUUGACACCAAGAAAGAGGCGGUGAAACCAAACCCCAACAACAGCCACGCAGACAAGGCGGCCGCCAGCCGCUCGGGGCCGCUGAAGAAGGAGAACCUGGGGGCUCAGUACCGCUACCACCCGCUCAGAGCCCGCCGCCGGCCCCCCAAAGGCAUGUACCUGGAGCAGGAGGACAUCAUGUCGGUGUCCGCCUCACACAACGCCGGGGUGCUGACCAUACGGCAGCUGGACACACAGCUGGUGUCACUCAAGAGACAGGUCCAGUCCAUCAAACAGAACAACAGUUGUUUGAAACAGGGUUUAAAUGAGGGUGUGGCAAAUUUAAAACCGUCCGAGACUGCCCCAAAGAUGAACUCCCGUUGGACCACAGAGGAGCAGCUCCUGGCUGUGCAGGGUGAGUAGAGGCUGCAGCACCCCCCCAUACUGAGAUUCAGAUUCCAGCUGUACUUUAAGUGAAUUAAAGGAGAAGUAAAGCAGCUACUGUUCCAAAUCAGUGUUCAUUGCUUUUAGUCAAUUAAAGACACAGUUGUCUCAUAGAGGAGCCUUAGAAGUGGCUCAUUCAUUAGCAGAGGCAUUUAUUGUUGUUUGUCUCGGACACAUAGCUGUGCACGCCUGGGCGUCCGUCUGCAUCAAUCGUGGGGAAAGUUCUGAAUGAUUGAAUGAGAUGCAUUUAGUCAGAAAAACGGAUUACUAGCUGAGCAGCUGCAGUCAGCCAGAGUGCCUUUGAGCAAAGCGUUAAACUGCAGCUGUGCAGAGCAAACAGAAGAAGAGACUCGUUUACAUGCACUCUCACAUUCCAAUGUGGGUCAAGUUAAAAACCUAUUUCUGUUGGGAUAAUCCAGAUGUAGCAUUUGUAUGAUAAGAUGUGGGAUAUGUGGUUAUUAUUCCAGUUUUAAGAGCUUUUGUUGGACAUUUGGAAUAUUAUAACUUCUUUACGGCCGUUUGCAACACGGUCAACAUUUCUGUUCAGAAGGAGGACAAAGCCUUCUCUAAAACGUUCUGAAAGCCUUGGACAUUAAAGAGCAUCUUGCAGGUUUUUAUUUUUUC